UGCGCUCACGCCUUGUGGUGUGACAGUGUCAGUAACUGGAGCGCUGGUCAGGCAGCCGCUCUGAAAGGACAGAGUUGUUCCAGUUGCUCUGCGUCCAAAACGCCUCAGGUCGGCAUUUGGAAGAGAAGCUGUGAAGCUGCGGUGCAGGAGCGCCUGUUAUUAUUAUUAUUUUUUUUUUGGUGGGCGCUUUCUGAGGUUAAACGUGGAUGUUUGUUGAUGGGGUCGCUGCUGCUGUGACUCCCCGUUUCAUCUUCACAUGGACUAAUUAUCAUUUUUAAAAAUUCACUCGAGGAAUAAUCUAAUCACUUCGCUCUCCAUGGUGCUUGAAGGCAGAGCGAUGGACCGGAUCGGGACCACCAUGCAGAAGAAGGCGGCCGAGCUGGAGCGGCUGGCCGAGGUGCUUGUCACCGGAGAGCAGCUGAGGCUGCGGCUCCAUGAGGGGAAGGUGAUCAAGGAUCGGAGGCACCACCUUCGAACUUACCCAAACUGCUUUGUCGCCAAGGAGCUCAUUGAUUGGCUAAUCGAACAUAAGGAAGCCUCAGACCGGGACACGGCCAUUAAGAUCAUGCAGAAACUUUUGGACCAGAGCAUUGUUCACCACGUGUGUGAUGAGCACCGGGAGUUCAAAGACAUGAAGCUCUUGUACCGCUUCAGAAAGGACGACGGCACAUUCCCAUUGGACAGCGAAGCCAAGGUCUUCAUGAGGGGACAGAGGCUUUAUGAAAAGCUGAUGAACACUGAGAACAACUUGAUACAAACCAGAGAAGAAGAAGGGAUGGCAUUUGAGCGCGCACUGGUCGCUUCAGAGUUCAUCGACUGGCUGCUGCAGGAGGCGGAGAUGCCCACCAGGGAGGAGGCCGAGCAGCUGGGACGGAGGCUGCUUGAACAUGGCAUCAUUCAGCAUGUCACCAACAAGCAUCAUUUUGUGGACGGGCCUCUCCUCUACCAGUUCCGGAUGAACUUCCGGCGACGGCGACGGCUGAUCGAGCUCCUCCACGAACGCGGCCGCGGCAUCCCCGAGAGCCACGACAGCCCCUUCUGCCUCCGCAAGCAGCAGUCGGACGGAGGCAACACCAGCUUCCUCUCAGUGAGUCCCACUAAGGAAAUCAAGGUGGCGGUUGGAGUUCGACGAAGCAGCAUGAGCAGCAGCUGCGGCAGCAGCGGCUAUUACAGCAGCAGUCCAACGCUCAGCAGCAGCCCGCCGGUCCUCUGCAACCCCAAAUCUGUUGUGAAAAGACAAGUGACCCCAGAGGAGCUUCUGACACCAGGAGGGCCUUUUAUAAAGAAGACUUUCACUAUUGUGGGUGAUGCUGUGGGCUGGGGCUUCGUGGUGCGAGGAAGCAAACCCUGUCACAUCCAGGCGGUGGAUCCUGGUGGACCGGCUGCUGCAGUUGGCAUGAAGGUGUGUCAGUUUGUGGUGUCUGUGAACGGCCUGAACGUCCUCUGCCACGACUACCGGACCGUCAGCAACCUGAUCCUGACCGGCCCCAGGACCAUCGUCAUGGAGGUGAUGGAGGAGGCGUUAGUCUGACGACGCCUACCAGGAACAAAGAUACUAACAUGUCAAGCUGAAGUGAGGAAAUAAAACAAGGACUUUGAACUUCUUCACCAGACAAACAUGGAUGACCUGCAGCAAAGCUCUCCUUCCGUCUGGUUUGAUCGAAGUCAGACGUCUGAUUUGGGUAAACGGCUCAUCUUGCUGGCCAUUCCUCUUUUUUUUUAUUUUUUUAUUUUUUUUUUUAUUUUGCCUUCAGAAGGGAAAGAGCACAAAUCCCAUCAACCACAAGUGUGUGGAAACAGAAUAAAAAGACCAAACUGUAUUCCUGGUUUGUGCUCAGACUGAAUCUGUUUGCUGAUUCUGAGAGUUUUAAAUGAAACAAGACUCGACGCAGCGCCUUCCAUCAGAAUGUGGACACAAGCAAUCAUAAGGGAAACAGGGUAGAUGCUAAAUAGGUUCCUACGUUUCAAGAAUAUGUUCCAUGACCUUUGCCCCAGACUUCUCCUGCUGUUCAACGCUGCCCUCUACUGAAGAGAACAGAAAGAUGCACAUUUUACUUGCUGUUUUAUCCUUUUUUAAAAAUUUUUUUUGCUUGUUUGUUUAAAGAAAAACAUAAUUUUAAAGGAUACAUUUGUUAAAUGUAUACGUGUUUAAAAUUUGUGAGAAUGUUUUGGAAAAAUAUAUCAAAAUAGAAAAGUACUGAUUGCAUUACUAGAAGAAAACAAACAAUAAAAAAAAAGCAAGACCAAAAGGUCAUUUUUUUUUUAAAAGGCCACUGUCUGAGCAGUCACUACUCAUUAUUAUUUUAUUUUUUUUCCAAAAAUGAUUAGAUUUUUUUUUUUUUCAUCUUUUAAUAACUGAUAAAGCUUUUCAGUUGUUGAUUAAAGACAAUUGAAAUUUAAAUCAAUAAUCACACUGGGGAAGAAUACUUGGUGUUAUUCUUGCAAAAAUUGGAUUAUAAUGUGACUUUUGCAAGUUAAACCAAGCUGCACAUUUUCAGUUACUAUUUCAACUACAUAUCUAAUGAUUGACUCAUAGUAUUAUGCACAACCUCAAAAUGCCCACCGCGAUGACUGUAAUGUCAUUUUGAAUUGUACCAAAACUAGUGAGACUUUAUCUUUGCUAUAUAGUUCCAGUUUCAGCUUUUGUCUUAUUUAGCAAUUAAAUUUUCUCUAGGUUGUAAGAAGCACAAACAGGUUCCUUGGUAUUUUUUGGGAUCUACUUGAAAAGAAUUGAAUAGGGAAUCCUCUUUUGGGCUGUCAUGGCAUCAGAAGGUCAGACUCCACAACAUCAGCGUAUUAGUGGAUGCUUUUAGACCGUGCCGAAAUGUAUUUAGAAAGCCUGCCAUCACUACAUAAUAUUUACUGAAUUAGAAGAAAACUGUAGUUAAGUGUUUCUCAUUGCUCAUGCAGUACAGCUAUAAUCUUUAGCAACACUUGUUUACAUGUUUGUCUGAGCUAAAACCACACUGCCUGUGUCAAUAGAUAGACUUGAUUCAGACUUUAAAGAACAUUGCAACUAAAUACUUCAGAUAAGACAGAUUUUUAUGCCUCUAAUGUCACUAAGCUGUGCAAUUAUUGUGUCAAUUACCUUCUGAUGUGUUUGUUUAGCUGUUUGCUGUUUAGAUUUUGUUUUGGCAGGAUGCUGUAAAUAUGUUCAUAUGUAGCUUUAUCUUUUAAUCCAAAGCUCUUUUUUAGGGUUACAGAACUGAUUGGUCAGACAACCCAGAACUCGUUUCAAUGUUUGAUUUUCUUGAACACGAAGAACUAAUGAUGCAUCUCUAUGGCUUUGGUGAGGAAACCGAUGCACAUCAUGUCUUUCUCUUAAAGCAGGGGGGGAAAUCAUGACCGAGCCUCAUUCUUCUGUUGGGAGAGAUAGCAUCAGUCUGUCUCAUUUGAGAUCUAAUCUGCCACAGUUUGAUUUAAGCAUCUUUCAUGUGUUUGCAGUGCUAAUCUAAAAUGAUCUGGCGAAAGGUUCUUGAAAAUAAUGCCGAUAAUGGACCAGGUUUGUCUGAUCACAGUUUGUUUGCAAAGGGGAUGAAAGGUGAGGCUGCGUUUUCAGGAAGCAGAAAUUUGCAGAGCUUUAACAUGUAAUAAUAAUUUUAGGGGGAAUUGUGGUGUUGAGUUGACCUACAGCAGGUUCCCUGGCUUUUUAUCUAGAAAUGUUUGCCUUAAGACCUUUUUUAGCUGCUAAUUAUGGUUGGUUAUCACCCGAUUUCUCAACUUAAUGCAUUAAAACUUCCACUGACAAUCAGUGGCCAAUUUCACACAGCGGUUAAACAGGAAGUAACCAAAAAACACAAUGAUGAUGAUGCCAAUGUUCCUCUUCCACAGUUUGUGAAAUUAAAAUGUCAACAUUCAUUGCAUUCUGGGGAAUUUUAUGAUACAUUUUGACAAUUAUAUGUGUGUGGCCUCAGAUUCCUAAUCCAAAUUAGCGACAGCAAUGACAACAGUGUGUGAGUUUUGACUCUCAUCUUGACCUACAGAUAAACAAAUACAAAACCUGUCCUAACCCUGCUGUGUGGAAAAGGCUAGUUUUUCUUUUCUUUUUCAUAAAAGCAGCCUGAUUGAAUGUAACUUGAUGUCUAUAUUGUCUUCAUUAGUUACAGUUUUAUAGAAAUGUCUACUCACUAAAGGGACACUUGACACAGGAUAUACUUGUUUGUUCUUUGUUUCCAGAGGUUCAAUGUUUUAAGACGAUAUAAGCUUAGCGCCUGUUUCAUUACAACGUUUUAAUGUACAGAAAGGUUAAUAAAAACCUUGUUACUGG